AUGUCGGCUAUUGCAAAUGAUCAAUAUGAUGAGGCUAUACGGAUAGUGACCCGUGUUAUUGACACAUCAACAGAUAAAAAACAAAUUAUUGAUGGUUUAAAAAAUAGAAUUAAAGCUGCGUUUGAGAACAACGAUUUUCAAAGUAAGAAAUAUGUUGAAACACUCAAAUAUAACAAUCUUAAUUUAACUCUUCGUUUAGUGGUCCUCAAAGAUUGUAAACGGUUGAAAGAUAUUGAUUAUCCAUUGGACAACGAUAAACGUUUCUUAAUGUUCAUGUUGUAA